AUGACAAUUGAAUCAAGUUUAGAGUCAAAUAGAGUUCAAGAAUUGGAUGAUUUAUUAACAGAAUUAAAACCAAAGAUUCUAUCAUACAUUGACCAAGCAGACCCAAAAUCUUCUCAAUAUAAUCUUAAAUCUUUAGGUACUUAUCAUCCACCAAGUUUUUUAAAGAAAGAGUUAACUCAAGAAUCAAAUUUAGAUCAACCAUGUAAUCAAAAAGAAUUAUUUAAAGUCAUAGAUAAAGUAUUACAAUUUUCAGUCAAUACAUGGAAUCCAGGUUUUUUAGAUAAAUUAUAUGCAUCAAACAAUCCAAUAGGAGUUGUUUCGGAUAUUUUAUUAAGUGUAUUAAAUACAAAUUCUCAUGUUUAUACUGUAUCACCUGUUUUAUCAGUUAUUGAAAAUCAUAUUGGUAAGAAAUACGCUAAAUUAUUUUUUAAGCAGGAGAAAUGUGGUGGUUUAACAUUUAGUGGUGGCUCAUGGUCAAAUAUUACAAGUUUACAAGUGGCUAGAUCAUUGAAAUACCCAGAUACAAAAGUAAAAGGUAAUCAAAACUAUAAAUUUGCAAUUUAUUCAAGUGUACAUUGUCAUUAUUCAGUUGUAAAAGCUGCAAUUUUAUUAGGUAUUGGAUCAGAAAAUGUUUUUAAAGUUGAUGUUGAUGAAAAUGGAGUAAUGGAUGUUGAUCAUCUUAUUGCAGUUAUUGAUGAAACUAUUAAACAAGGUUAUACUCCAUUAUAUUUAAAUUCAACAGCUGGUACAACAGUUUUUGGUUCAUAUGAUCCAUUUACAAAAUUACAUGAAAUCUGUCAAAAGUAUAACAUUCAUCAUCAUAUAGAUGGUUCAUGGGGUGGUAACGUAAUUUUUUCAAAUAAAUAUAAAGAUAGAUUAGAAGGUUGUCAAUUUGCUGAUUCAAUUACUGUAAAUCCACAUAAAAUGUUGGGUGUUCCAACUACUUGCUCAUUUUUAUUAUUACCAAAUGUUGAUAAUUUUCAAGUUGCAAUGUCAUUACAAGCACCUUAUUUAUUUCACGGUAGAGAAGAAGAUAAUGAUGAUGGAGAAAAUUAUGAUUUAGCUGAUGGAACAAUGGGUUGUGGUAGACGUGCAGAUUCAUUUAAAUUUUACUUAGCUUGGUUAUAUUAUGGUACAAAAGGUUUUGAAUCAAGAAUUGAUCAUGCAUUUGAAAUUAAACAAUAUUUUAUUGAUAAAAUUUUAUCAAAUGGUGAUUUUGAAUUAGUUGGUCCAAAACAACCACAAUGUUUACAAGUUUGCUUUUAUUAUAAUCCUAAUAAACUUGCUAAUAAUACUGAAACAACAAGAUUCAUAUCGAGGGAAUUACAUAAACUUGGAAAAUAUUUAGUUGAUUUUAGUCCUAAUCCAGUUAAUGAUUCAAAAGGUGAGUUCUUUAGAGUUGUAUUUAAUUCACCAAUACUAACUGAUAAAGUAAUAGAUAACUUAAUAGAUAGUAUAAUUAAUAUAGGAAAACAUUUGUAA